AUGCAAAAAUCUGUUGGUGUAGGAAGAAAAGUGUUGGUAACUUCCGGUUUAACAAGACUACUCCAACAACCAAAACAUGCCAACUAUUCAACCAAUAGCAAAAGUUGUAAUAGUAGAUGGUUUGAUCCUAAAGACUCACAACAUAUAACAACCCCGGUUGCUCUUUAUAACACUCUCUCCAAGAGUAAAGUAUCAUUAAAAAUUGCUAAGCGAUUAUCGGAUGUGCCAGUUAUAAAUUGGUAUUCUUGUGGACCAACAGUUUAUGAUGAUACACAUUUGGGUCAUGCUCGUAAUUAUGUUUGUCUUGACAUUAUUUAUAGAAUUUUAGCCCAUUAUUUUAACUAUCCUGUAUUACAUGUUAUGGGAAUUACAGAUGUUGAUGAUAAAAUACUUAAAAGAGCAGCUGAGCUUGGAAAACAACCUUCGGAAAUUUCUCGUAAAUAUGAAUUUGAUUUUAUUGAGGAUAUGAAAAAAUUGAAUGUAAUUCAACCUUAUGUGUACACAAGAGUAACAGAACACAUUGAAGAAAUUAAACAGUUUGUUGAAGAAAUGGAAAAAAAUGGUUUUACCUAUACUACUGCAAAUGGUGGUGUUUAUUUCGAUUCUAAGAAGUUUGAACAAAAUGAUCAUUACUAUGGAAAACUUUCUCCAAAUAAUGCACAAGAAUCAAUUCAACAGGAACACAUUGAACAUAGGGAGGAGAAAAAGGAUCCUAGAGAUUUUGCACUUUGGAAAUUCACAUCUAGGGAUUAUUUGGGUUGGGAAAGCAAAUGGGGAUAUGGUAGACCAGGAUGGCAUAUUGAGUGUAGUGCCAUGAUUGACCAUAUUUUUAAUAAUAAGAGUGGUGCUGCAACUAUUGAUAUUCACUCUGGUGGAAUUGAUUUGGCUUUUCCACAUCAUAACAAUGAAAUAGCCCAGAGUGAAGCAAAGAAUCAUGCUCAUUUUUGUUGCAGUAGAGAAACAAAUUGGUGUAAUUAUUUUAUUCAUGUUGGACACUUACACAUUAAGGGACUCAAAAUGUCAAAAUCUUUAAAAAAUUUUAUUACUAUUAAGGACUUUUUGAAAAGGUAUAGCCCAGACCAAUUUAGAAUAUUCUGUUUGCUACAUCAAUAUAAUCAAACUUUGGAUUAUAAUGAAGAUGCCAUUGGAGAAGCAAUUAAGGUUGAAAAGAGAAUACUUGAUUUUUUACAUAAUAUUUCAAAGCUGCUGAACUUCUCGAAAACACCUCUUCAUACAUUAUUAAUUUAUUAA